CUUAAGCUAAAUAAUGUCAAUUUAACUCAAUGCAAUUUAAUAAAAAACAGAAAACUCAGAAAAUAAAUAGAACGCUGUUUUAUCAGUGUAAUUGGUUUUGAGUUCAGUGAGUCAAAAGUUUAGGAAUAGAAAGGUCUAAUGUUUCCUUUAAUAAACAUCAUAUGAUAUAUUUGCCUAAUGGUGUCCCUUAGAUUUGCGGAAAAGUGUCUGUGGAAAUUAUUUUUCUUUGAUUCUUUGAGUUUGAUUUUGAGGACUCUUGACUGACAUUCACAAUAUUUCCAUCUUAAAAAUACAUUUUAAAAAAGAUUUUUAAAAAAUGAGCCACAGGAAGCUCUAUCUGCCGCUCACGAGGGAUGUGAAAGAUGUAACACGAACGUCAGUGCAGUGUGAACAUUUGUGUCGUGAUGUGCUCACGUCUCCGUCCACACGUGAACGCUCACACGCAAAGAUCUAUAACUCUUCAUUCAUUCAACCAUCCAACUCCAUUCCUCCAUCUCAUUCUUUUUUUUUUUUUACAUUUCUGUCUCUUUUAUCUCUCAAAGCAUUAAGACAAUGUUUUCUGUUCUGACAAGUUCUUACUCAGAUCUUCUGUGUGACUCGGGUAAUUACUUUCCACUAGCUUCGAGCUAUUUAAAGCUCUGGUGCGUGAUUGACACCACAGUAUGACUUUAUUAUUCCUGUUUUUAAAAGCACGACUGAGAAUGUGGCAUUCGUCUGCAUCCAGGUGAGAAGGAAAAAAAAUCAAAUGUGUAAAAACAUCAGGCCUACAUUCAUGAUAAAUCAUUUUUUUACUUCUAAAAUUGUUAUUUUUGCACAGAGUUAGACUUCAUUUUCAUUUUAAUUGAAGUUAGAAGAAGAAAGAAAGAAAGAAAGAACCUCACAGCUUCAGGUUCCCCGGUUCGAUCCUGAGCUCAGGUUACUUCUUGUGUGGAGUUUUGCAUGUUCUUCCGAAUCCAUGUGCGUUUUCUCUGGGUUCUCCGGUUUCCUCCCACCUCCCAAAAACAUGCAGGUAGGUGAACUUGCAACAGUAAAUUGCCCCUGUGUGUGAAUGUGUGUGUGCGUAGUGCCCUGUGAUGGUCUGCAUUCCCACGCCAUGCUCAGUGUUCCCGUGAUAGGCUCCAGAUCCAGAGCGACCCUGACCCUUCAACGCUAUCUGAAGAUGAAUAAGCGAAUGAAUGUCAAAGGGGGUACAAACCUUUGAGCUUGCUAAAAAUGAUGCUAGCUAACCUGAAGUCAGUCGGUAUUUAUAUUUAUAUUUCGGUGAUAUAAAUAUAAAUAUUCAUACCACAGUGCUGUCAAAAUCUCAAUUCUGAUUGGUCAGAAGGUGUUGAGUGAUUUUCCAUAGCUUCAUGCACUGAUAGUAGUUCUGGCUGUAAUUCAAAUCACAGGUUUAUAUUUAAUUAUCGUUAAUAUAUUAUAUAAUAUAUAUCAUUAUCAUUCUAAUACAUUACCGUUUCUAUAGUAACAACUUACACACAGACUUGUACGCCAGACGCUCCACCAAAACAGAUGUAAAAACGUCUUGGUAUAUAAAGAAAAACUCGCUGAUAUGCUGACGUUUUGUGAAAGGAGAAGUUCAGUAAGGAGUCUCCAGUGUCAGCACUUUUCCAUCACCGGAAAGUCUAAGCGUAGAGGAGUUUGCCUUUUCUUCAUGAGAGAGAGGCUGGUGAAGGAACGAUAGUUUAUAGCUGAUAUUACGUAAGUGAUAACAGGAACUAUCUUGUUUCAUGGAUGCUCUACACCAUUAAAUGUAACUCUAAGUGGAUAAAAAGUACAUGUUGUUCAUUAAUAAAUUUGAAAAAGUAAUCGUUGAUAAAUUGCUGUGGUAUGAGGAAUAAAACAUUUUGGAGUCGGGCUGCAUCACACCACCUUGUCUUUGAUCAUUUUUCCUACACCGGCAUGCCUUGUCGUGUUUUAUUCCUUAUACAGUGUAUGGUGAUUCCCUCGGGAGCAGAAACGCUCACUCCCUCUGCUCCGUCUCGAACAGCUCAAUGUGCUGCACAUGCACAAAUAGUGUUGGCACUUCAGACUCGUUCAUUUUCCUCUCUCUCUCUAUCUCUCUCUCUCUCUCCUGAACCUCCCAGUGCUGUCGUCGGUUCCUCGGUCAGACGCUGCAAAUCUGCUGUAAGGAAACUAAAAAUUCAUUUAGGCCGACCCCAAAUCAGAGGGUGUCUGCACCACGGCCUUAUUACACACCGGGCCCAACUUGUGUUGUGGAGGUGGAUGGGGUAUUAUUAUCUCUGUGCUACCCACCCAGCUAUAAAAACGACUGGUACUGCAUCUCUACAUCACACACUGCCCCUGCACUAGUCCUCUCUCCCUCCCUCUCUCUCUCUCUCUCUUGCUCUCUUUCCGCUGUACAGUGGGGUCCACCUCUUCUCUUCUCUUCUGUUCUCUUCUCUCUCGCACUCAUCUACUUGCUCUCGGUACCACGCACGCGUGAGUGACUGAGCGUGUGUGUGUGCGCGUGUGAGUGUGUGCGUGUGUGUGUGUGCGCGGGAGAGAGAGAGAGAGAGAGCCGUUGUUUCUGCCCCUGUUGGAUGUUUUUUUGUGAAUGGAAGGAAGAUGAGCAGAUGAGUGAGAAUGGACAGGGAGCGCGGUGUAAAAGACAGGAGAUGAGACAGACACAGAGAGAGAAAGAGAGACAGAGAGACGAACAUCACUCCGUAGUCUCAGGAUAAGUCACACACAAAUUCCAGAGGAGGCUCAGGAUUCCUAUAAGACUAUGGCACACAGUGAGGAGGACCUCAUUGGGAUCCCCUUCCCGAAUCAUAGCAGCGACGUCCUGUGCAGUCUGAAUGAACAGCGGCGUGAUGGCUUCCUCUGUGAUGUGGUCCUGGUGGUGAAGGACCAGGAGUACCGCACACACCGCUCUGUGCUGGCUGCAUGCAGUCAGUACUUCAAAAAACUCUUCACUGUGGCCACAGGUGAUGGCGACCCCAGCCAUCAUGGUGUUUACGAGCUGGACUUUGUAGCACCCGAGUCGCUGACAGCUAUUUUAGAGUUUGCAUACACAUCAACCCUGACAGUGACACCCUCCAACGUGAAGGAGAUCCUGGGUGCGGCACGGCUUUUGGAGAUCCCGUGUAUCAUUAACGUAUGUUUGGAGAUCAUGGACACUGGAGGAGGGGGAGGAACUGGUGGUGGAGAAGGAGAUGAAGAGGAGGAUGAAGAAGAAGAUGAGGAAGAAGAGGAAGAUGAUGAAGAGGAGGAAAUGCCAGAAGAGGCAGAGAACGACUCAAAAGAUGGUGAGGUUGAGGAACGUGACGAGGAUAAUGUCAGUGAAAGAUCUCUUCAAGCAGAUGCUUCUGAAAACCAGGAGAACCGAAUCACUGGAGGAGAACGAGGAGCAGACAGUCCCGCAUGCAGCUCACAACAGAAGGUAGACUCAGAAAGAGACUUGCCAAACUCUCAGAGAUGCCAAUCACGUACCCCGGAAAAACCCAGAGAGCAAGAAGGACUGGAAGGCAGAGCACUGAAAGACUUUUCAAUUGAGUCCCUGCUGCAGGAAGGGCUGUACCCAAAGAUGCCAGGACUGGACAGAGGGUCAGGCUUCACCUCUCUUCUCCCUGGAUUCUAUCCUCCAAUUUGGGCUACAGAGUUUCCAGGUUUUCCGCAAAUCCUGGAUCCCCAAUGCCCACCUCACCCUUACCCAACUUCUUCGCUGGACAACGGGCCCUUGGAUCUCGCUAUCAAGAAAGAAGUCAUCAAAGAGGAACUAAAAGAUGAGCUCCCCAGUGCUCUGCUCCACAGAGAAUUCCUCAAAGACUUUGUGAGCCCAAGUGUUGGUGCGGCUCCUGAACCCCCCCUGGGCCAGAUUAAGGAUGAAGCAGACCUGCGCAACUACUUAAGUUUCCUCUCAGCAUCCCACCUAGGGUCGCUGUUUCCACCGUGGCAGCUAGAGGAAGAGCGGAAGCUGAAGCCCAAAGCGUCGCAGCAAUGUCCCAUCUGCAACAAGGUCAUCCAGGGUGCAGGCAAACUACCUCGGCACAUGAGGACGCACACAGGCGAGAAGCCCUACAUGUGUACCAUCUGCGAGGUCCGCUUCACAAGGCAAGACAAGCUAAAGAUCCACAUGCGCAAGCACACAGGCGAGCGACCCUAUAUGUGCCUGCACUGCAACUCCAAAUUUGUGCACAACUACGACCUGAAGAACCAUCUGCGUAUCCAUACAGGUGUGCGGCCCUACCAGUGCGAGCACUGCUACAAAAGCUUCACCCGCUCUGACCACCUGCACCGGCACAUCAAGCGUCAGAGCUGCCGUGUGUCACGCCCACGCAGGGGACGCAAACCCUCCUCCUCCUGGCGCUCUUCCUCUGGCUUCUUCUACCCUCCAGAUGCCCACCCACUACAAGGAGACCAAACAUUGCAUUUGCCAUCCCUUGGAGCACCGGUUCCCGCUCAACUGCCUGAAAGACGGCAGGAUUUAGACGGUGGCAGCAGCAGAGAGAAAAUGACCGACAGGAAGCUCAUCUCAGAGGAUGUGGACAGGAAGAGGGGGGUGUUUGCUUUUGCCCUGGCAAGGGAGGACGUUCUACCGCACCCAGCCUUUUACCCCCCGACCCCUGAUCCCUGGACCGUGAGACUGGAGCGAGCGCCACCCGUUCCUGAAGCUGCAAACUGACCACUCAAAAUUUUUCGGUCACGCACAUCUCUUUGGUUAUUUUUCCUUAAUUUGACUGAGAAGAAUAGACAAGCUCAAGGCCAGACCUUUCCCUGCAAUGGGUGUGCACUUGAGCAGAAAAUGUUUUUCAGAAUUUCUGAGACUUUGCAAAUCAUAUUGGCAAAUUGCUGAUUUUAACUGAUGUCUUUUUGUUGUUUAAUCGUCAGCUUUCUAAUGUGAUGCCAGGGAUUUUAAAAGGAUCAAAAAAUGGUUAAUAUCUUGGACAUGUAUUUGUAUUUAUGAUUCUUCUGGUUGUUUUAUGGUUCUGUACUUGCUAACAAGGGUAAAUUAAAGUGGGACUAAAACCUACCCACAGACUGUUAAGUGCAAUUCAUUUUUUUUUCCAUUCCAAAGUUUCACAGGUAAGUCAGGUAUCUAAAGGGACAAAUAACUUCCAUAACCUCUGUCAGAAAUAAGCUAUAGGCUUAUCAGUGCAUCUGGAAAGUAACUGUCAUCUCCUCCAGCUAGGAUUACAUAUACCACUAUGCAAAGAUUACAUGAAUAAAUGUUUAGCUGUUAGAAAUUUUAUCACAAAUUAAUGCCAAAAAACACAAAACAAACAGGAACAAGUCAAGGUUUUCAUGACAAAACAGAUUCAAAGCAUUACAGUAAGCAAUAUGAUGGCUAAUUGCAUUUUACAUGUAAAAAAAAAAAAAAUUCUAGAUUAAUUUCUUUCACGACAACCAGUGCAAAAAAAAAAAAACAUAUGCUUUUUAUUUGGAUUUACUUUCAGACUCAACAUAUCUAGUUUACCCUUGAUUAGUGUCCAAUGCUUCGUAUGCACUAUUGUACAUAUUUUAUAUCAUGUUUUAUAUAAUCUUAUAGUGAAGUUGCUAAUUGUUGUAAAGUAUUUAGACUUUUGAACAUUUAAAACACCCAAAGAUGUGUUGUAUGAGAACAAACUUGAAAGUCUUUUUAAAAUCACAUUUUUAAAUCACUUUAAAUCUCUUAAAUGGCUUAACUAAAGUUGUUUAGUCUUUUUCUUUUUUUUUUUUUCCCUAGCUAUAGGUUGCUGGUUGAAAGUGUCUUGCAGGUGCUUGUCAUGUACAGAAAUUAAAACAGGGACUGUGUCCAUCAUUUUGAUAUUAUUGUUCCUCUUUUUAGCUAAAUGACUAUUGUACGUCAACGGUGUUUGAAUUGCUAUGGAGAAAAUAUUUUCAAGCUAUUUAUGCAUAUUUAAAUAGGCCUUGGCUAUAUUUUGCUAAGAUGUUUUUAUAAAGACACUAAAAUGUCCAUGUCCUUGUUUGUCUGUACAAAAAAAAAAAAAAAUUGGCAUUUUUCUUUUUUAAACAACAGAAAGUGUGCUUAUGUGAUGUUUACAUCAUUAAUGAUCUCAAUUUAAUACAUGUGAAGUGGAAAGAAGUCACUUCAAAAAAAAAAAAAAGCUUUCAUUUUCUCACUUCCUCUGUGAAAGUAAAGCAAAAUAAAGCCAACUUUCAUAACCUUUAUGAGCAAAACAGUAACCUUUUUCAUCUAAAUCAGAGUUUGCGCUGUGAAAAUGUCCUAAUGUUUUAUAUGCACAUAUAAAUAUAAAAUCUGAACGAUAAUGAACAUAUAAAACAGUGCUCUGUAUCUGACAAUGCAUUGGUAUAUAAUAAUUUAGAAAUUAUAGACACAACUAAAUCUCUAGAGGGUAAAGACAUAAAUCUCUAGAGCACUGAGGUGAUGAGUGAUGGAAAUAUACUUGCACUAUGUGUUUAUGAAAGAACUAACCAUAAACAUUUUUUUAAGAAUAAAAAAAAAGUCACAAUAUUUGAGAGAUGCACUUUACUUUAUACAAGAAUGCUCUCCAUCAGAGUUAUCAGAAUAAAUAUGUGUUUUAUUUGUACAUUUACAUUUAAUUACAUCUACAUCCCUGGAGCAAACUGAUGAAUGAAUUCAUUCAAGUUGUGGAAUAAUGAAUAAAAAUGCUUUUUUUUGUUUGCAAACUUUACUUUUGCCUUUGAUUAUUUGCCACACAAUUUUACAUACUGUAUGAUUGUAUAUGGUUUAAAACUAUACUAAUGGAAUAAUAUAUAUGUUUUUGCCUUGUAUAUGAGUAAAGAAACAGACAGACAAUGAGGAUGACUUUGUGUCGGGUGUUUCGGUGUCCGGAGUGUGUGUCAGUCCUUCCUGGCCUUUGUAGGCGUCCUUUGAGUGCAUCACUUUCACACCAAAUAUGAAUCACCAACAUCAGAGCAGAAAACUCAUACCAUCAAACAGCAGAAAAAGAUCAAAAACUUACUAGUUUAAAUAUUUCCUAUGGUUUGAAAAAAAAAAAAGAAACAGAACAAAGUGAGUUCUGAGUUGACAAUCAACUCUCACUUUUUCUUAACACCAGUCAUAGUAUUUACACAGACUAAAAAAAAGUCUGGUCAGUCUUGCGUAAUAGUGAACAUCUUCUCAUCUUUAAUCAGUCAGGACUCAGUCACAAACCAGGCCACAAAAAUAAUUUUGCUGAAUAGCAAAAUCAAUCAAAAAUCCUAAUAAAAUCUAAAGACCGGCUUACACUCAAUGUAAAAUCAGAUGAGUUCAAUUUGAAAGUAACGCAAUAAAACUGAAAAUACUUAUCACGAUUUUACUGUUCCACAGUGGGAUUUUUUUGGAGUUCCCUAUACAGGCUAAUCUCAGAAAUGACAGCUUGAUCCUGACAGACUCAGUGACACUUCAUAUUUCAAACUAAGCACACUGAGCAUACUUUGUCUGCUGCCACCCUAUCGAGUCAUCUGGUCUUAAAAUGUUCAUUAUGUUGAGUAUAUUGUGCAAGGAUUCACUUACAAUAGUGGUUCUCAAAGAGGGGUCCAGG